AUAGGGGAAAAACAGAGAGGCUAUACUUUUAUCCCUACAAGCCUGUUUCGUGAUUCCUCACUCACCAGGGGAUGAGUCAUCUAAUCAAUAAGACAACUUUUCUGUAUAUAUACCAAAUAUUCGUAGAAAAGCUGCUUACCUUGAAGCGAAGCGGGUAUCUAUCAGAGGCAGUUUACAACAAGAUCAGACCCCGACACAAACAGCCGCCUAGAAUCUACGGUUUACCGAAGAUCCAUAAGGCCUAUGUACUGCUAAGACCUAUCGUGUCGUGCGUAAACACCUUUGCAUAUGAUUUAUCUGCUUACUUAGCCAACAUCUUGUCUCCUUUAACAGGAAAGUCAGAGUACAUAGUUGCCAAUUCAGCCCACUUCGUAUCCACCGUCAGCAAUGAGACGAUCUUAGACAACGAGAUCAUGGUAUCUUUCGACGUAGAAUCGCUGUUUACCAACGUUCCUAUCGACGCCGCUGUACAAGCCGCACUGCUGAAACUCGAGAACGACCCAAGCCUUGCAGACCGCACAACACUAACGCCUGCACAGAUCGCUGACCUUUUGAAAUUCGUAUUGAGAUCCACAUACUUCCUGUAUAACGGAUCGAUUUACGAGCAAAAAGACGGCGCCGCCAUGGGGAGUCUGGUUUCCGCUGUCAUUGCUAACCUCUACAUGGAGAGUUUCGAAGAACAGGCGAUAAUUACAUCAUCCUACGAGCCUAGGAUCUGGAAACACUACGUGGACGAUACCUUUACCAUCCUGGAUCGCGAAAACGUAGAUGACUUCUUACAGCAUUUAAACAACCAGCAGUCUUCCAUCCGCUUCACCAUGGCGACAGAGAAAGACAACAAACUCACCUUCCUAGACACCGCAGUUUUAAGAGAAUCUGACGGCCACCUCACCACCAGCGUAUACAGGAAGCCCACGCACACCGAACAAUACUUAGCGUAUGAUUCACACCACCCUCAAUCAGUAAAACGCGGUAUUGUUAAGUGCCUUUACGAGCGCGCCAAACGUCUCGUAACAAAACCCUCCGUCAUCUUCGAGGAGAAAAAACAUCUGUUAUCUGUUCUGGUUUCUAAUGGUUAUCCUUUUUCUUUCUUGCAGAAACUUAACAAGACCGGAAAACCAAAAAACAGUGCCAACGAGUUCAAAGCUACUGCGGUUUUACCUUAUGUCAAAGGUCUGUCCGAGCAGGUUCGCCGUUGCCUUCAACAACAAGCCGUACGCGCUGUUUUCAAGUCAGAGACCACGCUAAGAUCUCAGUUAGUACGACCAAAGACGCUUUCGACCCGGCUAAACAAGAUGGCUUAGUUUACAGGAUUCCAUGUGAAUGCGGCAAGGUGUAAAUCGGAGAGACUGGAAAACCUAUGCAAGACAGAAUUAAGGAGCACGAUCGAGGCAUUCGACUCGCCCGUACCGAGACCUCCGCCGUUUCAGAGCAUGCCCACAACACCGGACACAAGCCACUCUGGAACAAAGUUAAGUUUAUUGAUCGUGACCCUUAUUACUACACGCACAGGGUCAAAGAGGCAUUUCAUAUAAGGCUUCACCCUAACAACAUCAACAGGGAUAGUGGAAUAGAAAUUCCAGAAGCGUGGAUGCCCACGAUCAAAAAACACAACAACAGGAGAGACGUGUGACAGCGGACCGCCGAGGGAGCUAAUCACUGAGUGGACAGCAAGGAUCGAAAUGCACCGAUCAGAGCUGUUGAAAAACAACUAAUCACAGCAGAGCAACAUGCUUUAUAAGAUCACGCAUGACAAGUCGACCUCAUCGCCUGAAGAAGACUAGCAGUAUGCAGUCGAAACGUCGCGAUCUACAUCACACGUGACUACACGUUAGACAAACGAAAAACUUAACUUUUAUUUUUAAAUACCAAAUAAGACUAAAGACGCUAAAGCGAAAAAGCUAUCAACAAUUUGUCUAAUGUAUAAAAAGGGUAUUCAAUGCAAAAUAACGAGAGACACCCCUUAGCAACAAAAUAAACGUUCGUGAAGUAAAUAUAUCUUACGAGAUGUUUUGGCGUGUACUAACGCAGAGUAUUUUUACGAGUUGUACUGUAUUUUGACGAGCCUGUGGGGCGAGUAAAAAUACAAACAACGAGAAAAAAUAUUCCGUGAUACAACACGCCAAAACAUAUCUUGAGAAAUUUAUUUUCCCACUCUGAUAGUUACAAACAAAGAAUUUCUAGAAAGAAACACUUUUUUCGGGAAAGUGUGACAGAUUUGCGUGACGCUCGCGCGCGGUUUCCCAUAGUACAAAUAACCAGAUUGCAAUAUCGCGGUAUAUUUGCACUCGUCUCGUGCGUUGUCUGCACAGUAAUCAGCAGGAGCUACUUAUGAUCCCGCUCCUUGAAUUGUAACAAGAAAUUAAUUAUUUGGUGUCACAAUAAAAUACUCCAGUUAUAGUUUCCGCGUCGAGGUCCAGUUUUUGAGGAAAACUGGUUUAUAUUCUGUAUCUGUCAACCACGG